GUUGCUGCAAGACAACUACCAAUUUAUUACGUUAUUAUAUGUAUUUAUUGAUAGGCAGAAACUGUGUUGUCGAAAGAACAACGUUUUUUUCACACGAUUCUUUUAAAAGCAACUAAAAGCUUUUUGAAAAAUUCCAAAAAUAUUCGCUUAUAUCUUUGCAUUUAAAAGGAGACCUUGAUCGUCAAAAUCAGUCGAGAAUUAUGGCUGUCGUUAGUUUAAACCGUUAUAAAACCAGGGAUGAUCGAACAGCCUUAAAGCGUUAUGUCGUUUAUAUACAAACAGAGAUAUAUGAAAGGUGAGAGAGAGAGAGAGAGAAACGGGGACGCAUCGGUCAGAUUUCGAUUCGCCUCGAUCAUACACAUAUCCAUGACAGAACUUGGAAACGAUUAGUUACCUUUGAAAACCGCUCUCACGCGAUAGUCGUAUAAAGGAAUAACGUUAAUGGUGAUUCGUUGAUCGGUGACAUAUUUACCAUCUAUAAGAUAUUAUCUUUUAUAAAUCUAUUAUAAAUAAAUAAUAGGAUAGAAAAUCAUGUUAAUGAGCAUAGCAGGUGCGAUAUUUGGUAGCAUUUUAACAGGAACUUACUAUUAUUGCAGUGAAGCGGCGAUGAAGGAGAAAUGUACAGAAAAAAGUUCACCGGCGAGGACAAACCACAAACCACCGAAAAGACCGCCUCGUAAGCGAAGAUUCAAUAAUGAGGAACAAUUAUUAAUCUGCAAUCGAUCGACUACGAGCGAAUCCUCGAUCGGGAUCGAUCAUGGCCAUGCCACGAAAGUAGUAACGGCUCAGAUCGAAAAGAAUCCUAAUGAAAGAGGAUCCGUUGAGCAAGAUAAUUUGAAUUUAUUGACAAUGAUAUUGUCUUCGUUCGACGUCGAUUUAGCGUCGGACGAAUCAGCGUUAAGGGGAUCGGAAGAACGGUCGCUCGUGACGUCACCAAACGAUAAACACGAUCACAAGGAAAAGGCUUUGAUGAGGAAAACGCUGAACAUGGUAACGUCCCAGAACGAUGAAACGGAAAGAUUCUAUUUGAAUAUUCCACCGAAAACGUCCUCGUAUUUGUCUCCCAAAGGUCAAUCGAUAGAUCAUUCGUUAUUUCAAAUUAAUCCUACGAUCGAUGCUUCUACAUCGACAAAGAUAAAUUAUCAAACGCAAGAACUUAAAGAUUUAUACAAUGAGCAAAUGAUAUUUGAAAAAUAUUUCUAUUUUCCCAAUAAGAAGGGUAAUGAAGUUAGCAAUUCGCAAAACGAUAAUACUCAAGUCGUCAUUAUCCAAGUGAGAAAAUAUCGACUGAAAGAUGUCUAUAAGGAAAAUGGUAAAAACUCGAGAUCCGAGAUUUUAUCAAAUAAUAUCUCGUCUUUUCAUACGACUAAUUUAUCGGCCACUGCGGACUAUGCGAAUUCACGAAGUAAAGAAUAUUUGUUGAAAAAAGGAUCAAAGAAAUUCAAAUCAAAAAAAUUGUCAAAGCUCUUCCAAUGUCACAAAUAAUAUUGAUAUAAAUGGUACUCAUAUUUAUAUAGAAGGAAAAUUUUGAAUAAAUUUUGGAAAGUGGAAAUCAGUCCGUCAGCGGGUUUCCCGAAGAAUUCAUUUGGAGCUACGGAAGCGACCGAUUUUGUUCGAAUUCACGUUGGUAUGUACGCAUGGAAAAAUUUAGAAAUGACCAUUCGCAGUAUUUUCUUGCUUCGAUAUCGCUUGCUCGCGCAUUCUCAACCUCGCUUUAUUAACUCGAGUUGUUAAUCUUGUUCGAUCCUUUACAUUGGAACGAUUAUAAUUUCAAUCGACCGCGCGAGCGAACGAAAGGCAAAGAGGAAGGAGGAUAAGUGCAUGAAAAAUUGUCGCUAAUUAUCACCAACGUGCGGCUCGUAUUCUAUUGGAUAUAUAUAAGGAACAAAAAAGAAAGAAGAAAAAAGAGAGAGAAAAAGAAGGGAUCGAAUCGUCGUCUUUUUACGAAGAUUCGAUCGGUACUUCUUGUCCGAUCGCGCUCGUUUUCUCGAUCUACGCUUUAUGGCAUAUCCGCGAUAUCAUUGAGAUAAUCAAGUAACGAGUAGGAAACGCUUGGCGAAUUGAAACGAUUGAAAAAAAAAAUGAGCUCGUUACGCGAGUAUCAUAUUAUCCGUAGAUUGGAAUUCGUUUCUUCGAAAUUGCCUUAGAGAAGGAGCUUCCAUGACGGUCCUACGUGAAGUGUGAUUUCUAUCUUGUUAUACCAAGUUUCAUUGGGAAAGACAAAAGUGAUAAAAGAAAAAAUAUGUCCUUUUUAAACUUUCUCUUCCUAGCUACGUAGACCCUAGGCGAGUAAGCAACUACUUACACUCGUCGUCGUUUUAUCCGAUCUCAUUUGUUUGUCCUUUUUUUUCCUUCUAUAAUAAAUCAAAUAAUAAUGCAGUAGUAGCAAUAUAUUGUGUAACAUUGUAUAAUGAAUCAUCGACAAUAAAGUAAUGUGAAUUCGUGUGAAACCAAACGUAUCUUAGUCGAAACGUUA